AUGUUGGGGCCUAUUGCGGUGGUAGGGGUGGUAGGUGUUCUUGGAUGGGCCUCCAAAGAUAUGUGGCUCGAGAAAUGGUCCUCCAGUCACAUCCCCCAUGUGGAGAAAAAUGGAAUGAACAACAACGAUGAAAUGAAAGUGUUUAUGAUCCUCUAUAUUCUGGUCAAACUCAGUGACGGGAGGUAUUUAGCUUACAGGGAGAUCGGCGCUCCAAAGGAAGAGGCUCAGUACAAAGUUAUUGUAAUCCAUGGGUUCAACAGCUCCAAGGAUCUCAAUUUACCAAUUCCACAAGAACUUAUAGAGGAGCUAAAAAUGUACAUUCUCUUCUACGACAGAGCAGGUUAUGGGGAUAGUGAUCCAAAUCCAUCUCGCACUGUGAAAAAUGAGGCAUCAGAUAUUGAAGAAUUAGCUGACCGGUUACAGAUUGGGUCCAGAUUUUACGUGAUUGGGAUCCCAAUGGGCGCCUACCCAGCUUGGGGUUGCCUCAGAUAUAUACCCCACCAGUUAUCGGGAAUUUCCCUUGUUGCCCCUUUUGUGCACUACUGGUGGCAUUCAUUUCCUUCCAGGCUAUUAAGGGAGGCCUUUGGAAAAUUGCAAGUGCUCGAUCAAUGGACAUUUCGAGUCGCUCAUCAUGCCCCUUGGUUACUUUACUGGUGGAUGACCCGAAAAUGGUUUACCUCGCUAAGCAUCAUGGCUGGAAACAUGAAGAUUUUCAGCCCAGGAGAAAUGGAAAUUAUCAAGAGCUGUGGGGACAAAAUUAACCUUUGUCAGGAAAAGAUACAGCACCAAGGUGUUCAUGAAUCUCUACACCGGGAUUUAAUAGCAGGUUAUGCAAGCUGGGAAUUUGAUCCCCUGGAACUGGAAAACCCUUUUCCCGACAAUCAGGGCUCGGUCCAUCUUUGGCAAGGGAUGGAAGACCGCAUAAUUCCAUGUGAGAUUAACCAGUACAUUGCACAGAAACUUCCAUGGAUUCGUUACCACGAGGUGCCCAACGGCGGACACUUGUGCAUCUUCGAGAGCGAUCUUUGUGUUGCUGUGAUAAGGGCACUUUUACGGCGACAAACGCAGCAAUCCACUGUACAGAAUCAGUCUGAUAUGCAUUUGUUGAACAUGUUCAAAGACGUCCCUUUUUCUUUGAACUCGAGAUCGUUCUCGGUAUAUCUUGAAAACAAGCGUCUCCUUCAGAAUUUCGACAUAGUACUCUAA